AUGAGUACUUUGCCUCGUUUACCUUCUAUUCGAGAACUUAUUAAACUCUAUGGCCUUACUGCCAAGUCUCAGUUGAGUCAGAACUUUAUUCUUGACAAGAACAUUACAGACAAAAUUGUUCGAACCACCACUAUGUCAGACAAGACACCUUUUGUUGUUGAAGUAGGUCCUGGUCCCGGUUUAUUAACACGAUCCAUACUUGAUUCAGGCGCUACACAAGUUAUUGCUGUUGAAAAAGACGAUCGUUUCAUGCCAACGCUUCAUCAACUUUCAGAAGCAUCUAGUGGUCGUUUUCAAGUGAUUCAGGGCAACAUGCUGACUAUUGAUCAACAAGCGAUCGUGAAUAAAAUAGACGCUUGUCAAACAGACCAUCCUGCUCAUAUCAUUGGAAAUUUGCCGUUUAAUGUGGCGUCUCCUCUUUUGGUUCAAUGGCUUCAUCAACAAGUCAAUCAGACAGGCUUGUUUGGACUAGACCAUCCUGUCUGGAUGACACUUAUGUUUCAGAAAGAAGUAGGCGAUAGAAUCAUUGCUCCAGUCUCUACAUCGAAACGAGGCCGUUUAGCAGUGAUGGCGCAAAGUAUAUGCCAAGUAAAAGAGGUGUAUCAUGUACCAGCGACCAUCUUUGUACCCAAACCUAAAGUAGAUGCUAGUGUUAUUCAAUUACGCCCAAAACCUUUCUUUACAGAUGACAUGUCUGGCACAUACUGUACAUUAGAAAACAUACUUCGUUAUUAUUUUACAAAGCGAAGAAAAACAAUGGGACACAUUACACAUCGCCUUGCUAAAGAAGUAAAAGGUGUUUAUCCCCUUUUAGACGAAAUAGAAUCAUUUAUAGAAUUUAAAGCAAGACCUGAAGAUGUCUCCACGACCAGUUUCUGUCAACUAGCUGCAUUAUUGCAUAAGCAUCACUUAUUGGGCAGUCACCAUGCAUAA